AUGAUAGAUUUGAGGCUUGCUGUUAAGCAGCAUGGCAUAGUUAAUGAGUUUGAGGUUCAAACUGAACAUUCUCACAAAGAAAGGUACAGGGUUUGCUGUGCUGCUCUAGGCUGUCCAUGGAAACUUAGAGCUAGAACCCAGCAUGAUGGCAGUGUCAAGAUACAAAUAAAUCAGGGAGCACAUAAUUGUGCAUCUACACAGAGGGUUCUGAGCAGGAUGGCAUCAAUAAGCUGGGUGGCAAAGAGGACUGUUCCUUUGCUGAAGAUGAAGCCUUCAAUGGGGGCUACAGAAAUGCAAAAGGAGUUAAGGUACAAAUACAACAUUGAUAUCCCCUACCAGACAGUGUACAAUGGGACUAAGAGAGAAUCUGAGAAAUUAUUUGAUGCCAUAAGAGAGAAGAUAAUGAUCCUAUUUGCCAAAAGGAGAAAGAUUUCUACAACAUUGCCUCAGGGGAUACUGUCUGCUGUCAUACAUCAGCUCAAUGCUGCAUCAAGGGGCUUAGGACACUUGAAAAUUUCCAAAGGGCACCCCAAUGAAGCAGAGGUCACAGAGGUGUACAAAGAUGAGGAGAAGAGAUCUAAGAAGAAGCCUGCCAAGCCUGGGAGGAAGAAGAAGGCUAAGACUUCUACUGAUGCUGCUGAACCAUCCUGCACUCCAAGGACCAGAGGAGCCUUGGCAAGGGAAGCUGCUGCCAAGGCAAAGAGAGAGGCUGAAGAAGCAGAAAUGAAGGCAGCUGCAGCAAGGGAAGCAGCACAGCAAGCAGCAAGGGAAGUGGUUGAAGCAGCAAGGGAAGCAGCACAAGCUGAAAGAGAAGCAGCUAAACAAGCAGCAUCAGCAGCACAAGCAGAAAGAGAACCAAGUGCAGACUAG